GGCAAAGAUCUGGGCAGCUUCCCCGCCAUGUGGACCUCCUCAGCACAAUGUCAGCUGGAGACCAUUAGAUUAUCUAUUGCUGACGAUAUCACACAAUCAAAGUGGGGUGGUUUCUUGACCUCACAACCUAAGCUUCGGCACUUGGCGAUAUAUUAUGCCGAAAGUUUCGAGGUGCCCCCCAUACCCUCACUCAAAUCUGUGAAGGUUGAACUCAUGUGUGGGCAUGUCCGCUUUCAUGACAACAUGUCGUCCACUCUACAAGCAUUGGAAUAUCUUUCUCUCGGAGGUGUUUACGACACAAUAUCCCUGUUAGACAUGCCAUCUUUGAAGCAGCUCCGUUGUUCCGGUGUGCAAAAAUUAGUUAUGGAUUCGGAAUUUCCAAAUCUUACGGACCUCAGCUUGAAUUCCAUACACAAUUUCAUUCCUCCUACGAUUCCACUCCCUUCCUUAUCAAAGCUCCGUAUGGUGGGUGUGCCGCUGCAUCUUGCACGAGGAUGCACAACGCUCACCUCCGUGGAAUUCCUGGACCGUGCUUUAGUUUGGCCGCGUCGACCUCACGAUCUGGAAUCGCUCAAGGAUUCUGCAUUGUCACUUCGCAGCUUGACCAUUAGUGAGGACCAUAGAUCGGACAGCGAAAUUCCGCCAUCCUACCAAGUAAUCAGGACAUUCACCUUCCUCACCGAUUUGACGAUCAGAUUCCACUUUAUUCCAGUUCAGCUCUGCUGGUCCCCUCUCGACCAAAAAUGUCCUACCAGUUCUUUAUUUGGCGUUGUAAAAUCGUUAAAACACCUUCAAACGCUCUCCUGGGAAGUCACCGUGUCACUAGUGAACCCGACCGAGGAGGAGACCACGGAUUACCUCGAUGAGGGGAUUGUGCGUUGGCUCGAUGACAUGUCGGAUGGCUACGCACGUGUCAAUCCCUCGCUCCUCCAUGCCGAAUUCCGUUGUCACGGCGGCGGUACUGAUUCAUGUCUUUUUUUGUUUUUUUUUUCAAGCUCUGUUGUAUCAUCUCUUUCCGUGCUCUCCUCGAUCUGCCGAUUCACCUAGCUAGCUAGGCGUUUAACUUUUUGAUCGAUUUGCAUCUUUUCCAUGGACCGAAACCUGCAGCACAACAAGUACCAUGAUUAUCGCCAUGUAUGGAUCACUUCAACCUAACGUGCGUCUAACUACGCGUUGUGCUGCAUGCAUCCUGGCUUGCAUUAUAGUUGAACGACCUCUAUGUAGACCAACGGUGCGGCGCGCGGGGGGGCAGUCGGAACGAUUGUCCCGAUC